GUGGCCAAGAGCAAACGGCCGGGGCCGACACACGGCUGAGGAGGCGCGGCAGAAAAAGCCGGGAGCGCUAAGAGAGCGAGAGCAGAGCAGCUGGCGCGCAGGAAGGCGAGGAAGGCCCGCCUGCGUCUCCCGACGGAAACCAACUCAUUUCCCGACCAAUUCUUCUGAAAUUUGCUGAAUGGAAGCGUGGAUUGUUGAAGCAUGACACCGGAGUCUUUCAGCUUUUGGGCUUUCAGUGUUUGGGCCCAUUGCAACCGCCAGUGACGCCAUGGCUCACCACAAUGUCGGUUUCCUACCUGAACCCUCAGCCCCACCCUCGGAUUCCAAGGAGGAAGCUGUGAAUGGCAAGGAAGAAUCGGCCAAUGCUGAGCCCAGCCCCUUGGACUGCGUUAUCUGCUUCACCCCUUAUGACCAGCUCUUUAAACUGCCGAAGGAACUGAGCUGCAGUCACGUCUUCUGCCUGGAGUGCCUGGCCCGCAUCAAUGUCUCCUCAGAGGAUGUCAACGCCAUCACCUGCCCCGUCUGCCGGGCACCCACUGUCUUGCCUCCCCGCAAGGGCCUGCCGGGGCUUCCCACCCGCCGUGACUUGCUGGAGCAGCUCACCGCCAUGCCGGUGCCCCCUGGCUCAGUGCGUUUCGAUCGUCGGCGGGGUUUGCUCUACUUGCCGUCGGGGAAUAAAAGCGGGGCUCAAGUCGGAUCGAAGGCGGGACCUGCACUCAACACUGUCAGUUUGAGUGUUGAUGUCGGGAGGCCUACACCCCCGGGAACAGCCCGAAGACUGGCCGUCUCGGGUUGGCCAUUCUACGCUGCUCUGUCGGUCGCGUUGCUUGUCACUAUCGCCUUGAUAGUCUGUGGCAUCUACAUCUUCAUGAUGCCUUCUAUGUACAUUUCAGUGGGAGGAUUUCCCAAAGGGAAUCACAGUUUAGGCCUUAGGGGAAACAACUCUAAUCCAAUAAAUCCUCCUCCAACCUAACACCAAGAGAUGGGCUGCCCGCCUUUCUGCAUCCACCUGUUAUGAUUGUGCUGCUGGUAGUUUCAGAUUCUCCAGAAACCACCGGGGCUCCUCCAAUUGCCUGCGUAGGAUGAAUGGGAAGAUAAAGGCUUAACUCUCAUCUGCUAAUCCCUUUCAUCUCUCGAGUCUGUGGCACCACCAGCACUUUAUUGGCGAAUCACUCCUUGGGACUUCUAAUGGCACUUUCUCUCACAGCCACCCACCAGCAAAUCAUGAGGUGAAUUGGAGAGGUCGAGGUUGCCCCCUUUGCUGUUUUAUUGCCCACAGGAACAGGCUGGUGGAAAAACAGAGCUUGUUAUAAUUUCUUGGUAGAAGAAGGGAGGCACAUUAACCCAACUUAAUUGGUACUUUGGCAGAGACACACCAUCCUGUUAAAAUAUUGCCAACCUCCCUUAUCCUGGUGCCCUCCAGACAUGCUAGUUCAUUAUCUCCAACCCCUCCAGGACGUUGUAGUCAGAUGUCAGACGGUGCCAGGCUGGAGAAUAUGUCAUUCCAGAUGAGGGGAACAACAUUUCAGGUGCCCAAAGCCACCUCCAGCUUCAAACUUUUUCCCCAAUCAGAAAUUUAACACAGAGGCAGAAUAUGUUGGGGUAAAACUCUUAGAAAACAAGCUUAGGAAGAAGCAGAUGAGGAGGAUGUUUCCAUUGGCCUUUUCUCCUGAAGAGCUGGUGGAAUCCCCUCUGUGGUUCUUCUUCACAAAUGGAUUGGGCACAUCACUUCUAGGGAUUGAGGUUUCUUUGGCAAAGGGUAUUCUUCCUUGGGAGCUGAACUUUCACUGUUCUUGGUGUUUUCUUUUUUGCUUUCUGUCCUCUCCUCCUGGGCCCAGGCUCCACUACUCACAGGAGCAGCGUGGCAGAAAAAUCCACUUGGUGUGGGGCUCGGUCAAGGGCACUUUGCCAAAGAUACCGAGAUGAGACAAGCGUGAAUAUAGAUGUCAAGUCUUGUGGAGUACAAGAGCCUAAAUGAAGGAUUGUGGGAGUGUCACUUCCAGCUUAUUGCUUGUUUUGCUCCUUCAUUUUUCUCUCAUCUUCUGUGGCCUGAACAGCAGCAUGGAAAGCAGGAAUCCAAAAUGCCAAGGUUUUCCUAAGAUCAAACAUGGAGUGAAGCGUAGAGGGCUUUACCUGCUCUGAGAUACUUGCUGUGUGUUCAUAAAGGCCUGAGACUGGGAUUUAGGAAGGAGGGAGAGAGAUGGGGUGGAACAGACCUACACAAAGGCAGCCUGUGGUAGAGGCUUGGAGAUUUUAUCUCCAGCUCAGAGUCGUAUUUUUUUAGUGGAUUGUGGUUAUUAAUUGGCUGGGGGAAGAAAACCAUCUGGCUUUGUGUCUGUGGUUUAAUAGCAGCAGAAAAUGCACAGAUCAGCAGAUAAAGUGAGAAGCAGUUACGGGCAAUUAAUGUAGGUCAAAUUACUCUGAAACACAACAGGACGGAUUGGUUAGGCAAGGAAGAAUGCCAGUAAAAUUCUGCACUCUUCAGGUUUUGUGCCUUAGAAAUUACUCUGUGUUUUUGUUUUGAUUGUUGCUGGCCACUUCUGUAGCAGGGUCACCUCAUUCUUGGAUAUGCCCCAAAGCUGUUUCACCACCCUCUACAGGACAUCUGUAUUAUUUAAAAAAAUACUUAAUUGUAAAAAUACUGGCCAGCUACUUAGAAUUUGAUACUUGUGAUAAGGAAAUUUAGAACUGAAGUCCAAAAGCCUCGAACUCUAUGCCCAUUGCUCCAAGAAGUUUAAUCUUCUUAAAUGUUUUGUCUGCAAUCACAAAUAACCAUUAAAAGACUUUCACAGAUUUCUGAAGUAUGUCUUGGGAACUUAUUCUGGGUUCAUAACAUGUUAUUUUUUCCCCUCUUUAUGGUUGGCUAUGAGCUGAGCAAACUGGUCUCCAAUCAAUCAAUACCUGUGCCUAACAUCUGAAGUUCAACUAAAUUAUUGGCAUUUGUAUUUUGAUGAAUUGAUCAUUGCUACUGGGGAUCUAAAUGAAUUGUCUUCCUUGGGUAGCUUUUAUUUUUCCUUUGACCUCUCCCUUUCCCUCAAGCAAAUUAUUCUUUUCAGUAAUCUAAACAUAACUUCUAAGCUCACGAAUAGAUGAAAGAUAUACAUAACAUAGCAGUGUUUCGUAACCUUAAAGGCUUUAAAAUCUGUGUUCUGAUUUCAAAACUCUGGGAAUUGGAAUCCACACACCUUAAAGCAAUCAAGGUUGAGAAACAUUGCAGUAGAGAACAUCAGAAUCAGCACGCUAGGCUCUGCUUGUGGAGGCUAUUUAGCUAUUUGUGUGUGUGUCUACUUGACUGUAUUUAUUAAAAUGUUGAUUCAUAUGGGCAAAUGCAAGACAACAACGCCUGGGAGGAUGGAAUCCAGAAUGUUGUUAUGGAGGAAAACCCAAUUACUCUGUACCUCGAAAUCCU